AUGUUACGAGUGCUACUAAGUGGACCAGCAGGUAGUGGAAAACGUACGAUAGCGAAGAUGUUGUUGAAGGAAUUCGAUCAGUUUGGAUAUUUCUCUGCAGGGGAUUUCAUCAGAGACCACAUUCAACGGGGUACAGAAUUUGGACAAAGAGCUUCACCGUUUUUGCGCAAAGGAGAGCUCAUACCAGACAGUAUUUUGAACGGUAUACUUUUAGAUGAAGUACGACGAGCAAGAUCGAAGCUGAUUCUUGACGGAUUUCCACGUACAAUAGCUCAGUUGAAAAUGGUCGAGGAGGUAGCGCCUUUGGAUCUUGUUAUAGAGCUUCAGGUCCCUAAAAAGGUACUCAUUGAUCGUCUUUCAAAACAACUUGUGCACAAAGCAUCCGGCAGGACGUAUAAUUCGGACUUCAAUCCUCCAAAAGUUGAGGGAAAGGAUGAUAUAACUGGUGAGCCUCUGUUUAAAAGAGAUGAUGAUGUGGCUGAGAUUGUAAGCAGGAGGAUAGAAGUCCAUGACAAGACAGAGAAAAAGGUUGUAGACUACUACAGAAAUCAAGGAAUCUGCAUGACUAUGAAAGGUGAAAACUCCACCGUUGUAUUCAAUGCCAUUUCGGAAGCGAUGGUAGAAUUGCUGAAUAAGUGUGCUGUCGGUUGA